GCAAUGUUGUUACAAGACAGUUGUGAUCAUGAACAUGAUAAGGAUGCAUCAUUGGCUAAUAAAGAAUGUAAAGUUAUGGUGACUUCAGAAAGCAUACCCAAAUGUACUGUAUUUGAUUCUUGGAUGAAUGUUGAAACUUUCUUAGAAGAAUAUAGAAGAAGAAAUGAAAAAUACAAACCCAAUAAGAAUCAACAAAGAAAACAAAGAAUUACAAAAACUAAAAAGAUUAAUUGUCCAUGGCACAUAAAUCUUUCUUAUAGGGAAGCUGAAACUCUUAUAUCUAUUACUAUAUUUGUAAAUGAACAUAACUAUAAUAUUACCUUUGAUACACAAGAAUUCAGAAAUAAAUACUGCACUCUUACUGAAGAUGCAUUAAGAGAAGUAGAAAUUAUAACAAAAUAUGAGUGCCUUUCUAUUACAGCACAGUGGAAUCUACUAAAAGGAUGUUUUCCUGAUUUGCAUUUCUAUAAUAGUGAUCUUAACAAUGCUAUUCAAAAAUUUAAAAGAAAAGAAACAGUAAAUAGAAUAACUGAUGCAUUAGACCUGCUUAAUUACUUAUUAGCCAACAAGAUGAAUGAUCCUAGGUGA